UUUGUUUAGUGCAGUGUAGUGGCACCCAGAAUUUCCUCCCCGCUUGGUCACGUCCGCGCGUGCGUUUACACUCGUUUGUUUUCAGAGUGGAUUUCACUGGAAACCUGUUUGUAGAUCUUAAUCAGUUGUUGUUCAGUCAGCUUCGCGCCGUCACAGUGCAGUGCUUAUAUUUCCUGGAUGCAUGUACGCGAGACCAUCUGGACGUUGCAUGAUGCACUUACCUGCUGCAGCGAGUACUGCAUAUCACGUUGUGGUCAUCAUGUUCAUUUGAAGGAUCUUGUGUUUGCGCGAUUUGCAUGAGGCACUCUCAUUGUGAACUCCCUGCUAGGUGAAGUGAUCUGCUAGUAUCCGUGUUUGAUCUGCAGGAUCUGUCAGUGGCUGAUAGGUGACUCCAGCAGAACCUUGUUGAUUUCACUAACACCUCCAAAGAUGACAUCACUGAUACAGCUACUUGGCAUAUAGCAACGAAGUGAAGGUUUACCUUUACGACCACAAUGCAGGAAGCGUCCCCGCGGCCGACAGCGUACCAGGAUGCCCCCUUAGUGGGGCGUGGAUUGGAAUCUGGAGAAGAAUCCCCUGUCGGUGGCAUGAACGUUGUCGCACCUACAACAAUGAGUCACUCACCAUCACCACCUCCUGAUGCCCUGGACCCUCAGGCCCAGGCACAACUUGAGGCCGACAAGCGCGCUGUUUACAAGCACCCCCUGUUCCCUCUUCUGGCACUGUUGUUCGAAAAGUGUGAGCGGGCCACGCAGACAGCUGAGGCUCCUUCCUCAGAGAGUUUCAGCAGUGAUAUCCAGGCCUUUGUGCAGCACCAGGAGAGGGAUCGAAGGCCAUUCUUCAGCGACGACCCUGAUGUUGAUAGCCUGAUGGUGAAGGCAAUCCAGGUGCUGCGUAUCCACCUUCUAGAGCUGGAGAAGGUGCAGGAGCUGUGCAAGGACUUCUGCAACCGUUACAUUGCUUGUCUCAAGAGCAAGAUGCAAAGUGAGAACCUCCUCAGAAGUGCAGACUUUCCAUCCCAUGGAGGAAGUGAAGGGGGUCACCUGAGUGACUCUGAUUCUUCCUGUUCCUCCCCUGGCCCACUGCGUCUCUCUCCCUCGCCACCUGUACAAGCAACGCAUCAGAAUAACUGCAUCACAAAUGCUAUGAAUCCUGCACAAAUUGUGUCUGGUGGCACAGUAUACCAGAUGGUACAAACAUCAGCUGGGAUCAUGGCACAACCAAUUCAGAUCCAGCCAAGUCAGAGCAUGCCUGUGAUAACUGCCAUUCAUGGUGGGACUCCCCUGUCUCAGAUUGGUGCCAACUGCUCCAGCGCCGACCAGGAGCAGCGGCUUGCCAGCAUGGGACAUCGCCACUUGUCCCUCUCCAUGAGUGGUGAUGAUGAAGAGGACGACUUGUUGGGCAGCAAGAAAAAGCAGAAGAGAGGCGUUCUCCCCAAGCAUGCAACCAGCAUCAUGCGCUCUUGGCUAUUCCAGCACAUUGUGCAUCCUUACCCAACAGAAGAUGAGAAGCGACAGAUUGCGGCUCAGACAAAUCUAACACUUCUACAAGUCAAUAACUGGUUCAUCAAUGCAAGGCGCAGGAUUCUUCAGCCAAUGUUAGACGCUGGCAAUCCUGAAGCAGCUCAAAAAGCAAAGAAAGCAAAAGUGCAAUCAGCACGACCUGUAGAACGGUUCUGGCCGGAUGCUUUGGCCUCUCUGCAACCUAGGACCCCUUCCUCUAGUACUUCCCAUGGGACACAGGAUGCUUCCAGCAAUGGUCAUGGGGCAGGGGGCCAUGGCUCGGACGUAACCUCUGAUGACAGCCCCUGUGGAGGAACGCUCAACUCUGCAGACGAGGACAACGACAAUGAGGAAAACAACAAGCAAUGAAGACGCUUCGUGCAUUACAACCACCUUGGUGGUAUGGUGUGCCAAAUGAGUGUAAGAAGUUAUGGAAAGAUGCGGUAUUUGAUUGGUCCUAUGCCAACCACAAGGAGCUGAGCGUCAUUUCUGCUCAAGGGUUACGCGAUCCAUUUAUCGGAAGUUGCUUUAAAUGGUUGCAGAGAGCAUUUCUCUUUCAUCUGCAUCGCCACCUGCAGACAUGAUGUAGUGAUGGAAGUGCGCAACAAGGGAGGCCGACGAUGGUGGAUUGGGCUUAGCUGUCUUGUUGCUUUCAGAGUUGAGGUCUGUAUGCUCAGAAAGUAACCAGGGCAUCCAGUCCCUGACAAACCUUAGUGAAAUGUAAUAUAUGCAAGAGUGGCCACAGACUGAUGGGCAUGUGUCCUAGUGGUGUUAGUCCUUUUGGCGUACAUAUUUGCAUCAGACUUUUUUUAAAGGUUUUGGUCUACGUUUCAAGGUCAGCUGUUUUCAAGCUAACGUAUCGAGUGCUGCAAUUUAAUUUAUGGUUUGUUACUUUUUCUUUUCUUUUUUUCAUAUUGUUCAGAAUGCCAAGCAAUAAAACAUCAGUAGAAAUAGUGCAGCAGAACAAUAUUUGGCCCCUGCAUUACCAUAACCUACCACAUGUACAGGAAAAAUGACACGCGGCGUCAGAAAGGAACGUGUCUACACAGUUUGCAGUGUACAGAUUUCCUUUUUUUUUUUUUCAACUUUGUACAGCUGCAGCAUGUGACUGUCAUGAAGUGCUAUUUUUUCAGGAGUAGAUGCUCAGGAGGUAUGGGAGAAGCUAUGCAAUUGUAAAGGAGAGAGUUAGUACAGGCAGAGCUGUGCUCCUUUGACUCGGAGCUGCAUUAGAUAUGCAGACAAAACUUAAGUCAUGUACUGUCACCGUUGAAACAAAGGUUUGCUCAAGUGUUUCUUGGCCAGUGUACGUAUAUGCAAGCUGUACGCUGCUUGUGCCAUUACUACGCAGGAUAGCGCUUAGUUACUUAGUUCAAGCAGCAUGUGCCGUGUAUGAUUUUUGAUACAGUGGACAUGCUUUCGCAUUGUACUUUUGUCUGGUGUUGGGUGGAUAAUCAGUGUGUGAUUUUGCUUUUGCGGGCAGUUUUCAGUGAACAUGUACGUAUUGCAUAUGUUUACCAAAUAGGUUUUCAUGCACAAUGCCUUGUUCAGCACAAUGCACACACUACAUAGACCCAAUGUUUUUUAAUGUAACUCAUGCAUGCAGUGUCUUAAGUCUAACAAUUUCAUAGUCACAUUGCUUUACUUUCUUUGUUGUCAUUGUGUGCAUGAUUAAACCAUGUCAUAUUAAAUCUCAAGAAGAACAAUUUUUACAACAAUUUUUUGCUGUUCUAUGUGCAUUUAUGUUCACAAAACUGGAGGAAAUAAGUUUCUUUGGAACGUUAAAACGAUUUAAUUUCUUUACAGAUACUUUAGCCAUGUCAAACACAUACAAAAGAAGCGUACAGAUGUUUGCACACAAAUGUUCGGACAGCACCAUUGAAAGGUUUUCUUUUUCAGUGGUUCAGGUAUUAGAAUGGUGAUGUUGUGCCGGUUAAAAUUGAUGCCAGUGUCAUAAAUAUUUGCAUUCUACAAACUGAAAGGUGUGAUGAGGUUGCCUGAUGGCUAUGAAAAAUGCAGUGAGAUGGCUAAAAUUCAUUGUUUUUUCCCAAUUAUGUAAUUUGAGUACAAGAACAGACUGCAAAUAGUGGUUUUGCAGUGUUAUUAGUGCAUGCUGUUGGCCAGUUACCUCUACUGGUAUUGAAUUAAUUGAAAAACAAUUAAUUUUUACCAGUCUCAUCCCCCAUGUAUUAACUUACAAUUGUGUGCAUUUGUAAACUAAGCAGUUUCGUCUCCUUUUAAACUGCCACGUUUAUUUACGUUAAUUAGUUUCGCUCAUGUUACCAUGUAUUCACACUAGCAACAUUCUCAAGCAGAACAUGCAAAAAACGUCAGAGCUUCUUGCUGUUAGGUGAGCGCUCAACGUUGUGUCUUCACGUGCACUGCUUAACCGUGGGGAGUAUCCUACAACACAUCCACGAGGUAUUCCGUAGCAGACGACAGGAAAAGGUUCUGGCAGCAUCAUCUGCUAAUAUGCCACUCCUGAUAUUCCGGCACCGUGUGAAUGCUGAAUGUGACACGGGGCGGAACUUCAGCUCUAUGAGCAGUUUUUUUUGCGUUUUCCUUCACUACAAUCUUCCACAAGGAUGUCACUCGUGUGAAUACACAGUUAGUUGAAGUUACUUCUGCUACAGCUUUAAAUAUUGGUAAGCUGGACUUUGGACUUUGGGUCAAGUUCCAGUUUGAAUUCAUUGUUUUCGAUUAUUUUAAGCUCGCAUGAAAACCAGGCACGACAUUGCUUUGUUUUGAUCAGGAUUGACAAUCGUGUGGCCAUCAGGUUGCGAAAGUAGUGUUUGCAUUGCCCACUCUCUGAAUGGCAGCAUUCAUUUUGUGGAUUGAAUGUAACAUAUGCACCCCUUGAGAAGAACUAUCAACUUGUGCAACAGACAGAUUUCGUCUGCUUUAUCAUCGUCCUAAUACACACCUGAAUGAUGGUGAUCCAAUAUAGGUCUGAUAUACCAAAAGUAAUAAUGUACACAGAUAUGGAGGCUUGAAAUUCACUAUGUGUAUAUUAGGAGUAUUGACAGUGAAGAACUGCAAUGUGAGCGGCAUAAAGUGUAAACAGUAUGCUAGCACAUUUCUCAUUCAUAGUAACUAGCAUUGUCUGCACAAUGUAGCAGUUUAGUGAGCAGAACACAACGACCACCAAGAUUGGUUAGUGGCUCUGUACAAUAAACAGUACAGGCUUCAGCCGUUAUGAUGCAAUUCCAUGCACAAAAUUAUAACUCAUUAAAUGUAGUUAGAAAUUUUGAAUGUGCAUGUUACGAUGGGAAUUUUACUGCAUUCAUAACCAUUAGAACUAACGCAAAAUAUGGUUACGGGGGAUUGGUUUCCAUUCUCCACUUUAUAAUUAACAGCGUGCUGGUUCAAGACCCAGCAGACAGAUAUAUUUUAUGGAGCUCAAUCUUGAUAGUCUUCACUAUGCUGCUUUGCUUCUUCGUUUUUCAUCAAAUGUUACAUAGGAAGUCCUGGACGAGAGAGAAAAAAAUGAUGCAGAUUGCUCUCAUAAUUUUCGCUGGGUGUUGUCAUUAAAGGAACAUGGAAGGCACUUGAAACAAAUUCUCUUUUACAGCGCAUUAUAAACGUGCUACAUUUAGGAACUGCCACGCAAAAUAUUUCCUUUGGAAAAUCAAGUUUCCUGAGAAAAUUAGAAAAUGUGUGCAGCGGCAGUGAUCUCGCCCAUGCUACUCUUGGUGGUGACAUCAAGUGUCCGUCAGCACUUUUUUUAUUGGCUGCCCAGAAUCCUGUGCUAGCGAAAGCGACCAGUGUAGACAUGGGACGGGCGGCGCGAAAUGCAACUGCAAAAAGACAAAGCAAAAAGGGGGCACGCACGUCACUAUUGGCUGACUCGCUUGACGCACCGACUGGCAACCAAGGGAAGGAGCAUUUCUGACACGCAAGAUCGAAAGGCCUCUUCCGCACCGGAAUUGCACACUGCUGUCAUAAUUUUUGUGCGCAUAUACAGGUUAGCUACCUAUAAAAGCUUACCCAUCCAGUGUGCUGUACUCACCAAUUACCCAAUGCAGGUGAAAAAUUAUUGCGUCCGCGUGAAACCCUAAUUGGUACGUUUCAUCAUCGUAAGCUUCAAACCGAUUCAACAUCACAGUUCAAAGUUACGACCAAAAACCACCAAAUCCCAAUGGGAAAACAGUCAAGGUGGAAGCCAUGUUGGGUAAACUUUCAUCUGUGGCUACCCUUUAAAUAUCUCAGGGCUUCUAGUCCGAAUUUCUGCAUUUUUGAUCCUUCCAUGCUCCCUUAAGAACCCAAUGUUGCAUACUGAAGGAUGCAGUUGGGUGGGUAGAUUUUGCAUCAGAAGCCCAAGAUUAUUUUAUAUUGGGGGAUUAUACAGCAAUCAAUUUUCAUUAUUAUUGUGUAGUGCAAUAUCUUAUCUACGAACUGUUCAAGAGCCAUGUGCUGAACAUCUAGCAUUCGUUAAAAGGACCCGUGGAGAUUUUACUUUCCAUAACUAACUUUUCCCAAAGUAUACUAUAGCACUACCAUGAAACGAAACAGCUAUCUAUGCAGAAGAGAAACACCAACGUACACAAUUACUGAGCUACAUCACUAUUCAACAUAGGGUAUUCAUACUAUGGUGCCAAGCUUGUAGACUAUCAGUGCUCGUCCUUUGAGCUAGCUUGUGCAACCUGGCAUUUGCAUGCACCACCAAAGAUACCUCACAAAUUGGCAGUUUGCAUGCACUAUGAACAUCUUGCAGAUGCUUUUGGAUGGGAACUUCCUUACAGGUAGACUUUUAACCAUUUUUAUACUGCAGAGGGAAGAAAAUAUUCCAAUCUUAGUCUAGAAUGUACAUAUUGAAAGCAGAAAGUGGGAGUGUAUUUGUUAGGAAACGUUUUGCUCGAUUCUUGAGUUUGAGGUACAUGAAGCGUUGUGGUGGAACAGGGGUGGCUAUGAAGUUGUCGAGGCGGCAAAAUGUGUAAUUUGCAAUUUGGUAUUGCCAACGAUUGGAUUGACAUUCGGUAAAAUUAGGCUAGCCACAUCAGUUGAGGCAGCCCCCAGAAUGAAAGGGUAAAUAAGUUUACGUUUUGAAAGUUACACAAAAAAAAGUUUUGACUUGCAAACCUCUUUGGUGACUGCGUUUCAGACUUACAGUCGCCAGUUUGCUACCCUUUGACUUGGUAGUAGUCAUUCUGUUCCAGCAAAGAGAAGCUUCAUGGCCAGCAGCACCCUUUUAUGCUCACCGAUUCUGUUACGUGAGGCAUUUUUGCUCACAGCUGCACUACACUGUAGCACACAAGAUAGGGUAUUAGCCGAUUAUUAUGCUGUUGUCAUCCAAGUAAAUGGUUUUAUCUGUUGUGUCAUACAAAAUAUAUUUGAGUUGUAGCCAAGAAGUCAUCGCAUGUGAAAAGAGCAAAUUGUGUUACAUUAUUUGUUUUUACUUGUUUUGAGCUGUGGUUAAGUAUAACCCAGAAAGAGACACCUUGGCGUGUGCUUUAUAUAUGUGGUGCCUGAGAUUGUUACUCUAUGGCAGCUUUUAUGUUGUAUUUUUUCUGCUUAGUCAUCGAUAAGUUGUAAGAAUCUCACAUAUUUUGUAUGGCCCUCGUUUUGUAAAGACUUUUGGAGAGAUUGCCAAACACUGUCGUAUACAUUAUUUAGCCCAGAAUUGACUAGGAAUUUGGACUACAAUGCUGUAGGUUUCUAUAUGAGAGUAUAGAAUAAAGAGAUAUUAAUAUAUACCA